AACACCUCACAAAAUUUCCCAAUCUUCUCGACGAGGAAAGCAGCUCCCACUUCUCCACUGCGCAACUUUAUAGCGAGAUUUUAGCAGAUUUAUUGUGCGAUAAAAAAAGUUUCAACGAAGAUUGAGAAAAUCGAUACUAAAAGGAAGAAAAGUUCUUCGAUCUCAACGGAUCGAAGAGAGAAAGAUAAACAACAGCAUCGCCACAGGAAGAGAUCCAAAAUGUCUUCAGGAGAUAAAGUUAGGGCAUCCCAUAUAUUGAUUAAACAUCAAGGUUCCAGAAGAGCAGCUUCUUGGAGAGAUGAAGAUGGUACCAAAUUUAUUAAAAAUACUACUAAAGAAAGUGCUAUUACCCAACUCAAGGCCCUAAAAGAAGAUAUCCUUUCUGGUAAAUCUAAGUUUGAAAAUGUUGCUAUGGAGCAAUCUGAUUGUAGCUCUGCUAAACGUGGCGGCGAUCUUGGCCCUUUUGGCCGAGGACAGAUGCAGAAGCCUUUUGAGGAGGCAACUUUUGCUCUGAAGGUUGGUGAAAUUAGCGAUAUUGUGGAUACUGAUAGUGGUGUCCAUAUCAUAAAGAGAACUGGCUGAUGAUUUGUGAGCUGAGAGAACCAAUAAGGCCUCGAGUUAUAGACAAGGAUUUGUUUUGUUAAGGAGCGUACCACUUGAAUUAUCCUCUCUGGAUGUUGACAUAUGUAAUGAUUACUGUUUCAGUACUGUUUCUUAUAUACCUCGUUUACAUUUCAAGGCAUCAGUUGUAUCUACUUCUGGAGUCUUCUCAAUGGCUGUGUGUUUUGGAUAUUUUUUUUUUAACUUCUGAAGUCUUCUCGAUGGCUGUGUGUUUUGGAUUUUUCUUAAAUAAUUUUAAUGAGGAUUUAACUUAAAGUUCAUUCUUACAAACCACUGGGGAUUGUAAAAGGUUAUCUAAAUUGAAAGCAGAAGGGAACUUGAA